AUGGGCAUCGAUUCCGCCGAGGAAGAGUUCCUGCGGCCUCCAAGCACGCAACAAUAUGAGCCGGUGUUUCGAAACUCUUCCGUAUACAAUCCUUUAGACACAUUCCGACUCCCGCCCGGCCAAGACCGGCACUACCAGCAGCAAUAUGGUGACAUGUACUUCUUGCGACUCGCAAAGCUGAAGCCCGCAGUUGAGGCUGUUGCGAUUGAGGCUUGGGAAGGAUUGAAUAUUGCCGGAGAACAUGCGCGCCGAGUUGAACGAGUGUUGGACGUCCGGCAGGGAGAGCUCUGCUGGGUUGCGGGUACAAUAUACAUGGAGAUGCCAUUGAAGCCUAAUAUUCUCAAGGACUUGACAGAAGAUAACUUUACACUCGCUCCUCCCCCUCAACGAACCUACCAAGACCCCUCGCGCCCAGAGUUAACAGAGAUCAUGCUUGAAGACGAAUCCGGACGCCUACGCCUAACGGGAAGCAAACUUGGGUCAGUUCAGCUGUGUACAGGUGCUAUUAUUGCAGUGCUCGGGACGGAGAACAAGAACGGUGAUUUCGAGGCGAUCGACAUAAAGGUCCCUGAUCUGGCUCCACAGCCAGUCCGGUGGGAAAGGGACGAUACAGAAGCCUCCAAGUCAUCACGGAAAGGGAAGAUUGCCCUCGUCAGCGGUCUUGGGAUAACUGGUACCUCGAGUGACAGCCUCACUCUCGAGCUUUUGGCGGACUAUCUUCUCGGCUACACACAAUCAUCAAAUGCGCAAAGUGAAGCUGGAACCCUGCCAGACGCCAGCGGAAUCAAAAGACUGAUAAUUGCUGGUAAUUCUAUUGGAAUCAGCACCGUUCUGGAUGCGCCGAGUACACAAACCGGAGCAGCAGGCAAGAAAAUGGCCCAAGCGAAGAAGUAUGGAUACGACGCAUCCGCUUACAAUGCGUCACCAAUCACGCAACUCGAUUCUUUCCUUGCGGAGCUCCUACCCAGCAUACCCAUUACCAUCAUGCCAGGCGAAACUGACCCGGCCAACUUUGCGCUUCCCCAACAGCCGAUUCACCGUGCAAUGUUUCCUCGUUCCCGAGCUUACUGCGCUCCACCGCCGUCUGGCGAGGAGAAAGCUGAACCUGGCUGGUUUGACAGUGUGACGAAUCCCUGGGAGGGUGAUGUCGAGGGGUGGCGUCUCUGGGGUAGCAGCGGGCAGAACGUUGACGACGUCCUACGAUACCUAAAUUUUGCGGAUGAGGAUGGAAACAUUGACACUAAUGGCGACGCCGAGGAGCGGCUGAGAAUCAUGGAAGCCAUGUUACGAUGGAGAUGUGGAGUUCCUACUGCUCCGGACACGAUAUGGUCCUAUCCAUUCCAAACAAACGACCCCUUUGUGAUGCACGCCUGCCCGCACCUCUUCUUCACAGGCAACCAGCCACAGUUCAAGACAGCAGUCAUAGAAGGAGACAUUCCGCCCAAGCUUGGCGAAGAUAUAGACAUGGGCGGAACUGAUGAAGAUGCUCCUAUUCCGACUGUUCGUCUUUUAUCCAUUCCGAAGUUCCGGGAAACCGGCGAGCUUAUCCUGGUCGACACCGAAACGCUUGAGGUAGAAGUUGUAAAAUUCGGGGCCUUUGCUGGGAAGGAAGAGCAACAAUAA